GCGAGUCCUGCUCGUUUUCUCUUCAGUCCAGCUGACCGAGAGCUUUAGGCUGAAUCUAACCGCGCGUGGGACUUAAGACGUUUAGUCGAGCUGAAUGUGGGUAGAGAGUAGAUGGACGAUGUGUCGUUAGACGGGAAUAGACCAGAGUAGCCCAGUAGACUAGAAGACCGUGCGUCCUGUGCGCUCCUCCAGCGGGGAGGGCGGUGUUGCUCCUGCAGGCUGCACGCAGUGUCCAUCAAGAUAUUACAGUUGGUACAAAGGCGUGUCAUGUGACACCACGGAGUCACCGAGCAGCCGUGUGGAUGCUUAAGGGCACAGUUGGACUUUUUCAGAAACCAUUUGAUGCCUUAUGCGCUGCAGUCAUGCCUGUUUGUAAACUGGAAAUGAUAUGAAUCUCAUCUGCAAGUAGUACAAUCACAAGUAGAGGAUCUGACGAGCUUUUCCCUUAUAUCAUGAGCACUGCAGCCAAUGGCAACGACAGCAAGAAGUUCAAAGGUGACAUAAGAAGUCCUGGGCUUCCAUCCCGGGUCAUCCACGUCCGCAAGCUCCCCAGCGAUAUCACUGAAGCAGAGGUCAUUUCUCUUGGCCUGCCCUUUGGCACAGUCACCAAUCUGCUUAUGCUCAAAGCCAAGAACCAGGCCUUCAUAGAGAUGAACACAGAAGAGGCUGCCCAGACCAUGGUCAGCUACUACUCCUCCGUUACUCCAGUCAUCCGUAACCAUCCCAUCUUUGUCCAGUUCUCCAACCACAAGGAGCUGAAGACUGACAACUCCCCCAACCAAGUGAGGGCCCAGGCAGCGUUGCAGGCCGUGAACGCUUCCCAUACUGGGGGCCUGCCGAUGGGAGGCCCUGAGGCAGCGAUGAUGGGCCCCAGCCCCGUUUUGCGAGUGGUGGUGGAUAAUCUCUUUUACCCCGUCACCCUGGAUGUCCUACAUCAGAUCUUCUCUAAGUUUGGAACUGUGCUGAGGAUCAUCACCUUCACCAAAAACAACCAGUUCCAGGCUCUUCUUCAGUACCCUGAUGGACUCUCUGCCCAGAAUGCAAAACUGACUUUAGAUGGGCAGAAUAUCUACAACGGUUGCUGCACGUUGCGAAUCAGCUUCUCCAAACUGACCAGCCUGAACAUCAAAUACAACAAUGACAAAAGCCGCGACUACACCAGACCAGACCUCCCCACCGGGGACAGUCAGCCUGCUAUAGAACAUCCUGCCAUGGCUGCAGCCUUCACUCCAGGCCUCAUCUCGGCGAGUCCGUAUGCCGGGGCAGCUCAUGCGUUCCCACCCACCUUCACCAUCCAGCAGGCAGUGUCCCUCCCCUAUCCAGGGUUGCCUGUCCCGGCUCUCCCUGGAGCCCUAGCCUCCCUGUCGCUCCCUGGGGCCGCGGGCCGACUGGGUUUCCCCCCGCUCCCUCCCGGAAACUGUGUCCUGUUGAUCAGCAACCUGAACCCAGAGAGGGUCACGCCACACUGCCUCUUUAUUCUCUUCGGUGUUUACGGCGACGUGAUGAGAGUCAAGAUUCUGUUUAACAAGAAGGAAAACGCUCUGAUCCAGAUGUCUGACAGCACCCAGGCCCAGCUAGCUAUGAGUCACCUGAAUGGCCAGAGGCUCCAUGCCAGACCGCUCCGCAUCACCCUGUCCAAACACACCAGUGUCCAGCUGCCUCGCGAGGGCCAUGAAGACCAGGGCCUCACCAAAGACUACAGCAACUCCCCCCUGCACCGCUUCAAGAAGCCCGGCUCCAAAAACUACUCCAACAUCUUCCCCCCGUCCUCUACCCUGCACCUCUCCAACAUCCCCCCUUCAGUGGUGGAGGAUGACCUCAAGCUGUUAUUUGCGAGCUCAGGGGCCAAAGUCAAGGCCUUCAAGUUCUUCCAGAAGGACCACAAGAUGGCUCUGAUCCAGAUGGGCUCGGUGGAGGAAGCCAUCGAGUCGCUGAUCGAGUUCCACAACCACGACCUUGGAGAGAAUCACCACCUCCGCGUGUCCUUCUCAAAGUCCUCUAUCUGAGCCCAGCAGCUACAAAAACCACAUGCUGGCGAACAGUUUUUCAGUGUAAUUCUAAUGUUUUUCCCUGUGGGGAGGUCAACCUCCACACGAGCAAAUCAGAGAUGAUUUGAAGAGAUCAGCCUGAGAGUCUGGAAAAUGAACCUCAUGACCUCACAUGAAGCCUUCACUUGAUCUCUGUGCCUUUUCCCCCAAACGAGGACCUGAAAAAUCUGAUAUGCCUCCACCUUUUUAAAUCAGCAAAGACCUGGUUUACGGAUAUAUCCUGAUUUUAUUGUCUUUUUUUCCAGUAGUUUAGGGUUUUGUAUUUUACUUCUGGAUACUGGUUGGAAUCUGUAAACUCCAAAUGGCCAACUGGUCGGUGGACUGCUGGGUCUAUCCUCCUUGUCUUUCUACAUACUGAGCUUUCCUUUGAUUUUUAAUUCUGUGUAUGCAAUCAUGUUUAUUUCCCUUUAGUUAUACGAGUCAUUCCUGAACUGUACGUGGAGUUUUUCUGGUGUGUUUCGGUGGUCAUUCCACCGCCUUUCGCUUCUACGAUCUGAGAAUCGUUGCUUGUGUUGUGGAAACCAUGUUAGCUUGUCUUGUCUCUUGCAGUGCCUCUGAUUUGGUCUAUUUAUAAGUUUGUAAUCAGCUGAAACCAAAAAGGCCUUGUAGAUGCUCCAUGUGGCGCCUCCCUCAAGUGUCUGGAUGAGACGAGUGAAAGAAACUCUAGUUUGGGAUUCAGUGUUCUGAGGGUGUGUGUGUGUGUGUGUGUGUGUGUGUGUGUUGGAAAACCAGCUAUUGUAUGUAGAGUGCCUUCCACACAGUGCUCUGUUGACCUGUACGUCAGGCUGGAAUAUCUGUUGACAUGUCCUGAGAGCAAAGCCACGUGGGAAAAUCAGUCAGUCCGUAGAACCAUGCUCCUUUGUCAGUGUCCUCUGUUCCGUCUCAGUGUGAAGACAUUCCAUCUUUUCAAGCCGAACAUGGACGACGUCCCUCAGCAUCCGGUCUGACGGGACAGGAUGGAUCAGACCAGACUGGAAGUGGAUUUCUAGAUCAUUCCAUAUGUCCCAUACUGUUGUAAGGAGGGCCGGGGUUAUAGAUGUACUGUACAUAAUGAUUGUUUUUAUACUAUGGUAGUUAACGAGAAGACUAGAGGUUUUAUAUCUGAUGAAACAUGUAUAUUUUGAUUAAAACAUGGGACCAGUUCUGAGCCUUAUUCUGUUGU